AUGGGAGAAGAUAUCGAUAAUCGACCAAUUCGACGAAUCUUGCAAAUUGAUCUCGGUCUUAAACCUUACAGAAAACGUAAACUACAUGGACUAUCAGCGAAGGAAACGGUGGCUAGGCUUAAAAGAUAUAUUCCUGAAAAUAUAAGAACCGUGCAGCGGUUUCAGCACUCGGGAUCCACCAUGGUAUGGGGUGCUGUAUCCUACAACGGUAAAAUCACAUUGAAAUUCAUUGAAGAGGGUGUUAAAAUCAAUACAAAACAUUAUCAAAAUGAAAUGUUGCGAUCCACAUUAAUGCCCAACAUCAGUACGUUGUAUUCAGAUAAUCAAUGGAUAUUCCAGCAAGAUUCAGCUCCUGCUCAUAAAGCAAAGUCAACACAGCAAUGGUUAGUCGACAAUUGUCCAGAUUUUAUCAGUUCCGAAGAAUGA